AGACGUUGAGGGUGUGUGUGCAGAGGGUGUGUGCCUGGUAAACCCCAUAGACGUGGCAGCUCCGGGUAGGGGCCAACCAAGCUGGGGUGGCAGGUUCUUCCUUGCCCUGCUGGCUGCCAGUCCUCAGGGAGCCUUGCACCAGGCGGACAAUGCACCAGGCUGGCCGCCAUCCCUGGUCUUCUCCAGCUGUGAACGGGUCAGCGGGGCAGGAGCCCCAGAGGCAGCUCCCGGAUAUGCUGAGUGGGGCUUGGGAACCACCUCGAGGAGAUGGGCUGCCCCUGCUCACUGUCAUCGUCACUGCCUUUGUCCUGCUGGCAGUCUGUAUUGUGGUGGCAGUCCACUUUGGGCCAAGACUACAUCAGGGCCAUGCCACUCUCCCCACAGAGCCACCAGCCCCGAAGCCAGAGGGUGGCAUCUACCUCAUCCACUGGCGAGUGUUGGACCCCUGGGACAGUCAUGAAGAUGCCCAGCAGGAACCUCCUUUCCCUGGCUCCUACCCUGUGCCAGAUGGGACUACGCUCAGCAUUGAAGAAGUGACAUAUCUAUAGGAGGAAGACUUUGAAAAUCUGGACUGACCUGGCUCAGAACAAGCAACUGGACAGAGAAUUAGGGCAAAAGAAAAUUGGGUCUUGGGCAUCAGAGCUUUGGAAGGGCACACAUGGACUCAGCUGGAGCUGCUCUCCCUGCAGAAUAUUUAUAGAGAAAGCCCUGAUGUGGACAGGAGAAAUAAAAGAAA